GGAACAGGAUGGGCUGCUAAAUCCGCACGGACCGUCGCCGUCUCCGGCGUUCCGACCGGCCUGCUGGGCGAAGAUGUCAUGGCCGACAUACUGCAGAUCCAUUUCCAGAUGCCCAAGAACAACGGUGGGGAUGUGGAGCAAGUAGUGUAUCCCACCACGGAAAAAGGGGUCGCAUAUAUAACUUUUGAAGAUCCAGAAGUUGUAGAGAACGUUCUAAAGGCUGAACAUCAACUAAAAGACAAGAGGCUGCCCAGCUGCUAUCCUCUGAAAGUCACCCGCUGCUGUGAGCUUGUCUUCGGCUCUGUCUCAUCUCUCCUCAACAUGUCUGUGUUCAAAGAUCAGUUUGAUUUAGAAGAUCUGAUACGGGAACUUAAAAGGAACAUCACAGCUUUGAGCUUUGGUCCCUUGCAGUCCAAUGGGCAUAUUUUGGUUGAAGGGCCUUUUCCAGCAAUCCAAUUGCUAAAAGACUUUCUCUUAUUAAAAGCAAAAUCCCUUUCACAGAAGGACAAAAGAAAAGAAAAUAAACCCCAGCAGAGACCAAAGAGGAGGCUCCAGCAGCAAAGACUUUCCAUGGAGACGAGUAAUUCAAUUCCUGAUGCAGAUGGAGGAAAACAGGUGGUGGUUCUUGACACCGAUAUAUACCACUACAUGAAACACUUCUUUUUCAAGAAACUACUAGUAAAUUAUGAUGUUGUAAUUUCUGACAUUAUUGAUGGUGAAAUAACUACAGUAUAUCUUAGUAAUGCCAGAAGUAGGUCUGGCGCUGGACAGGUUUUAAGAGUCAAAGAGGAAAUUGAAAAUCAGUCUGUAAAACUUCAUAACAGUUUACGCAAAGAAAGGAUCUGGUUUGAGGGGCAUAGGGGAGAUGAAAAGCAGAAAUAUAAACAGGCGUGUGAAACUGUAAAAUCCGAUUACCCAGCUGUUUUGAUUAUUCCUUAUGAUACUCACAUUGAUAUUAUAGGAAGUUCUUCUUCGGUUUUUGAAUUCACAAGGGAAGUAAGGAGAAAGAUUCGGGUCCAAAAGAGUAAGCUGGAAAGGUCGUACUCGUGUGGCCGCCGCAAGUGA